AUGUCCGAUAACUUCAGUGCUGCUCUCGAAGAUGUUGCGGUAUCGAAUGGACUUCCAGCGCCUCCGUUCGAGUUGCCGUUUCCCGACAAACCGGAGCUCAUCACGGAGAACUUGUUGAAGCUCGUGGAAUUGACUCCUGACCCACGUCAUAGGUUCCUAUUCAGAAACUUGAUCCUCCACUUGCACCAGUUCGUCGAGGAGACUACUCUUACCACCGAAGAAUGGAUGGCAACCAUCCAAUUCCUCACUCGUGUUGGCCAGAAGUGCACCGACAUACGGCAGGAGUGUAUCCUCCUGUCUGACACGCUCGGUGUGUCCGCACUGGUCGAUGCCAUCAACAAUCCUCCUAUCAGCGGGGGCACUGAGAGCAGCGUGCUUGGGCCCUUCCACACGGAUGAUGCGCCUGACCUCGACACCGGUAGCUCGAUCGCAUCGGAAGGAAAGGGAAGAUACAUGUAUGUGGAGGGUCGAGUGUUGGGCACCGACGGGAAGCCCAUCGCUGGCGCGACCAUCGAGACGUGGGAGACGGAUGGGCACGGUUUCUAUGAUACCCAGUACGCGAAUCGUGAAGCACCCGAUUGCAGAGGUCGUGUAAAGAGUGGCCCUGACGGACGAUACGAAUUCCGGGCUGUCGUGCCAGUCCCGUACCCCAUUCCCGGCGAUGGCCCGGUGGGAGACAUGCUCCUCUUGCUCGGUCGACACAACAUGCGCCCGAACCAUCUGCACUUCAUAGUAGAGGCACCCGGAUACAACAGGCUUGUGACCGCCGUCUAUCCCGAGGGCGACGACUGGCUGAGCAGUGACGCGGUGUUUGGCGUCAAGAAGUCGCUCGUGGUGAAACUGACGGACGUGAACGAUGACGCCGAGGCGCUUAAGCGAGGGUUCGCCAAGGGCGGCUCAUUCAAGUUGCUCAAGUUCGACAUCGUAAUGGUCCCGGAGGCUGAUUCCAGAGCGGCGCGAGAGCAGUUCGCAAAGGAACAUGUCAAGGACGCUGCUGUCCCUGUCUCUGCUUGA